AUGGAGGCGCCGAGCCUCGAAACCAAGGCCGCGCUCGAGCUCGAUUCGUACCUCGCCGAGGCCGAGGUCGAGCCGACGCUCACCAAGGACCAGCACAUUGCUAUCCUCAAAGAGCGUCUCGCGCGGCGUUGCGCGCUCAUCGAUACGAUUCGGCACGCGUACUACCGCGAUGUGAUUGUCGUCAAGGAAAACCUCUUGGCGCGCGAGCUCCAUCCAAGCACCGGGUCGGUCGACGAGCGCGUCCACGCGCUGCCGUCCGUGGACCUCCGCGACACCCUCCCGCUCUUUGCUCCGUCCCAGACGUACCUGCGCGUGCAUCCCUGCGACGUGUGCGGUGGGACGUUGGAGCUCGUCCACGGCGAGACGCAAGAGCUCAACGAGGCGCGGUCGUUGUGUGCCAAGGCCCAAAAAGGCGAGCAAAACAUGAAGGGCAUCGUGCACCGGCUGCGCGCCGAGCUCAAGGAAGCAACCGAGAUCUCGGAUGCGCUGCAGCAGCGGCUGCGCGCGCUCACCAAGGAGAACGCGUUUACGCUCGAGCAGCUCCAGAUCUCGCGCAAAGCCGAGCGCGAACAAAAGACGUGGCUGGCCGAGCUCAAAUCCAAGCUGCACGCCGCCAGCGCCACGACCGAAAGCGUCUCCAAGCUCACGCAACAGCUCAAGGAGCUCCACGCCGAGCACGACGAAGUGACGAAACAGACCAAGCUCCUCGUGCGCCAACGCGACGACAUGCAAGACGAGCUCGAUGCACUUGUGCUGAGCCACGCCGCGCUUAAAGCCGACUGCAUGCGGCACCAAUCCGAGUGCGAAGCUACGAAGCGCCAACUCGACGACAUGACGGACCUCAAGACGCAUUUCGCCAGCGAGUUCAACGCGUUGGCAACCAAGCACAAGGAGCAGCUCCACGUCUCCGAGAUUGUGCAAGAAUCGCUCGUCAAAUGCAAACAAGACUUGGCUACGCUCUCGACCAAGUUUGAGCAGACCAAGCGGCAACUCGAAGACCAACUAGCGGGCGAAGAAAUGGAGCGCGAAAGCACGCACGAGCGGUACCUCGAGGAGAAGAAGCGCUGCAAGCAGCUCACGGCCGAGGCGGAGCGCACCCGGCGCGACAUGACCGAGUACCAAGAGCUGUACGCUCAAGUGGUGAGCCAAGCGGACGGCGUCGAGCGGGCCCACCAAGCGCACCUGCUUGAGGAAGCGGCGCUGUGGACCGAGGAAUGGGACUUUAUGCGGCUCGCGCUGGACCAAGCACUCAUGCGCGAGAACGACUUGGCGUCCGAGGUCAUGAAGCGCUACUACGACGACGACAAGGACACUGGCGGUGACGGCGACGGCGACACGGGCUUUUUCAUUCCGUCCUACAACGAGGACGACGACGAGGACGACGAGGACAUCGAGGACUCGGACAGCGAGCGACAGUCGACGCCGCAGCUGCCAAGCCGUCCAAUGACGCCAAUGACGGACGCGAGCUUGGUCGCCGACGCGUCACGGCAGCCCACGCCGUCGUCAGCUGGCCGUCAAGAGAAUCUUGAUCGCCCCGGCAGCGUCGAGAUGGACAGCAAGAAGAAGCGCCCGGUGUCGAGGAAGACGAGCAAAAACGGCGAGCUCGCCCAUCUCCUCUCCGAGAUGAAGGACAUGCAAGACAAGUGCAAGGUGUUGCGCAACAAGGCGCACGAGGCCGACAAGCACGUGGCGCAGCAGACGGCAAAGAUCAAUGAGCUCACGCUGACCAACCAAGCGCUUGAAGCCACCAUCAAGGACCAUGUCUCUGAAAACAGCGAGCGCAACCAAAGUGAAACCGAGCUCUUCCGAACGCUCAAGAGCUUGCGGGAAAAU